UGACGUCGAAUUAGCUGUCAGGAAGGAACCAAGGAGCUGGCCAUUAAUGGCGUUGCGGGACGUUUAAGCAGCGAUCCGGGACUGCUGGUUUUAUUAAGAAAAUCGGGACUGUUCCGCGAAAAGCGGACUGUUGGGCGAUCUCUCUUGUGGCAAUGGAUUUUUGUCAGAGAUAAUGCUGGCUGCUGAAUAUCUCUGCAUGUGUAAAACGUCUCCGUCCACAAUUCAGAAUGAUGAAGCUGUGGAAUAUACAGUAUUCUAGAUGAUUGUACUUGCAUUCAUUGCAUUUUAUGCAAGCAGAAGCCUUAUACAAGGUGUUCUGUUACAUUUGGUGCACCAUAGGGUGUAUUUAAAUGAACUUUUGGGGACCACUAAUAUGGGGAACACGUGUGUAUGCCGAGAGGAGAGUGGUGUGGAGGACAAUAUCGAGUCUCCAAGUCAACUGACAGAGAAUCGCAUCACCCCUGCAAUUGAAUCUAGAAACCGCCCAAGGGACCCUGUAAGACCUCCACGGAGAGCGCGAGGACCACAUGAACCACGGAGGAAAAAAGCAAAUGUGGACAGCCUUGUGCUGGAUACUUUGGCUGUGAUCAGAACUCUUGUAGACAAUGACCAGGAGCCACCUUAUUCCAUGAUCACCCUGCAUGAGAUGGCUGAAACAGAUAAUGGCUGGCUAGAUGUGGUGCAGUCUUUAAUUCGAGUCAUUCCACUUGAAGAUCCAUUAGGUCCAGCUGUUAUUACAUUACUCCUGGAUGAGUGCCCUUUACCAACAAAAGAUGCUCUCCAGAAGCUGACCGAAAAGUUACAUUUAAGUGGGGCCACAGCAACCCAAGAUGCUUGUAAUCCUGCUAAACACCGCAAUACAACUGCAGUAUUAGGAUGCUUGGCUGAGAAGUUGGCAGGUCCUGCUAGCAUAUCUUUACUUGGACCUGGGAUUUUGGAAUAUUUACUAGAAAGUUUGAAUGUCAAAUUCCAUCCCAUGGUCAUUCUUUUUGCACUUAUUGCACUGGAAAAGUUUUCACAAACAAGUGAAAAUAAAAUUACUGUUUCUGCUUCACAAAUCAGCGAUCGUCUCCUCUUGCUUGAGACUUGGACAAAUAAUGGAGAUUUUUUGAAGCGACAGGUUGGAUUUUGUGCCCAAUGGAGUCUAGACAACCUAUUUUUAAAAGAAGGCAGAAGGCUGACCUAUGAGAAAGCAAAUUUGUCUUCAAUUAAUGCCAUGCUUAACAGUAAUGAUGUGAGCGAGUACCUUAAGAUCUCUCCAUAUGGAUUAGAAGCUCGAUGUGACGCUUCUUCCUUUGAGAGUGUUCGCUGCACUUUCUGUGUUGACUCUGGUGUAUGGUACUAUGAAGUGACUGUUAUUACAUCUGGAGUCAUGCAGAUAGGCUGGGCCACCAAAGACAGCAAAUUUCUUAAUCAUGAAGGAUAUGGUAUUGGGGAUGAUGAGUAUUCCUGCGCAUAUGACGGCUGCCGGCAGCUGAUCUGGUACAAUGCUAAAAGUAAGCCUCACCAACAUCCUUGUUGGAAAGAAGGAGACACAGUUGGCUUUUUAUUAGACCUACAAAAAAAGCUCAUGAUUUUCUCUUUAAAUGGUUACCAACUUCCUCCAGAAAAGCAAGUUUUCUCAUCCGCAACAUCUGGAUUUUUUGCUGCAGCAAGUUUUAUGUCCUAUCAGCAAUGUGAGUUUAACUUUGGAGCAAAACCCUUCAAAUAUCCACCUGCAAGUAAAUUUAGCACUUUCAAUGAUUAUGCAUUUUUGGCACCUGAAGAAAAAGUUAUAUUGCCCAGGCAUAGAAGGCUAGCAUUGUUAAAACAAGUGAGCAUUAGAGAAAACUGCUGUACCCUUUGCUGUGACGAAUUAGCGGACACAGAACUGAGGCCAUGUGGACACAGUGACAUCUGCAUGGAAUGUGCCCUGCAACUUGAAACGUGCCCAUUGUGUCGCCAAGAAAUAAAAACUCGGGUUCGACAGAUUUCCCAUAUAUCUUGACAUUUGUGGAAGAGAGAAUAUUUUCCCUUUGAAAAGGACAUCAGACUGAUAAAUUCAAAUAUCUGCAAAUCAUUUUUUUUUUUUUGCUUUAUUCUACAAAAUAGCCAUAUUUUGUAGCAGUAAGCGAAUGUGAAUGAAUCCAGUCUGUCAUUGGCAUGAGGAGAUUGACACGGAGCAGACAGCAUACUUACAGGAUACUUUGGAUGAUCUCAUCCUUUCAGAUUUAAGGGGGGGGAGGGAUGUUUUGCACUAAACUUAUGCAUCAUUGUUUUUGCAAAAAAAAAAAAAAAAAAAA